UUAAGAGUUGAGUGAGGCUUCUUUAACUUAAUUAAACGUAACAGCAUCAACAAAUGCUUGAAAGUGCCGGUGGCGGACUUCUUUAGUUCUGUCCGUACCAACGAAGGGGAACGGUGCAAAUUUCAUAUCUAUCUUUCUUUCAAGCAUUCACACGCAAUUAUCAAAACUUACAGGCAUUUUUAAGUUCAUUAGUAGUUUGCACUUGCGAUUGGCACGUUAAACGCAUAAGAAACCGAGCCAGGCAUGGCGACGAAAAUCAAUGAGCAGGACCGCGUAAUGACGAGGCAAGAUAGUCAAGCGAGUGACAAGGACUGUUCCUCCGGAACGAAGGUCAAGCGCAAGUCCAGAUCCGCUAGAAGACGUUUGAACGCUAUGAUGAGCAACGCCUCGUUUCACUUCUCCGAUACGGAUUCCGAGGGCGAGUUGACAAUGAUCACCAACAAGAUCGGCAAGCUUAACCCUGCGCAAGCCUCGCAAGACAAUCCGUUAAUUUCCGUGACCGACGCGGAGGUCACCGCGGAGUCCAAGGCGAAGGUCAACGACAAUCUGGAUUACCUUAUAGCUGACGGCGAGGCCAAAUCCCGAUCACGUCGCGGUAGCUACGCGGAGAAUCUCACCGACGUCGAUGAGAUCUACGACGAAAUGGAUGAGAAAGACACCAGUAGCAACUUAAAUGUGAUUGAUAACGGCUAUCAAGGGGAAACGGAUAUGGAGGAUAUGGAGGGCGAUGACGACAUUCAACCGACGAUCUAUGUCACGCCGAGAUCUGAUAUCCUGACCGAGUUCGGUGGCGAGAUGAUCACGACCAAGGAAGGUGACGGACCGUUCUCCGUGGAAGUGCGAAAUCGAUUGUCGCAAGAAGAGGUUUCCAUCGACAAGGCGGAUACCGUGACAGAGAACGUGCCAGAUAUGCCAAACACCGAUAGCGAGGACAUGGAAGGGUCCGACGAUGAGACUAAAUUGGAUGAGGCAGCGGCUUACAAUCACGUGUACGAAGAGCUAGACAUCCUGGCCGGAUCACAGAUUGUCAUGAGCAACAAAAUCGAAAACACCCUGCACGUUCCGGACCACGCCGACGAUGCUAUCAGCGAUUGCCAUACCGAUAUCGAGGAUGUCGAUUAAAUGAAGUAGAAUUAACAGAAAAGAUGGAUUUAAAAACUAUUUGGGGCAUGCGAAAUAAUACAGUCCUUGAAAUAAAGGCCAGGAAGAAUUUCCAUCUCUCUGAUUAUGCUUAGCAAGAAUUAACGUAUCAUUAACAGAAUAACAGGAUGAUAUUAUUAUGAAUAACAGGAGUAAGGAGUUUUCGAUCGAUCGUGAUCGGAUAAAGUCACUAAAGUUAUGCAAGUUGCAUAACAUCUUAUAUAAAUAUAAGAAAUCUUGAUUCAAUUAGGAGUUCUUAUUUGAAAGAUAAGUAGAACUUUGAAAUCUCUCUGUCAGCCUUAAAUAAUAUCAGGCACCAAAAUUUUUUUAAAUCAUCAGGAAGAUAUAAUUAAGUUAAGCGACGCAAAGCGAUUUGCAAUUUGUUUUAUUAACAAAUUGUAUCAAACCCUACUGUUCUUCAUAUCAAACAACUAGCAACUUUUUUAAAUUAAUUUUUUUGUUUAUUUCUGUUUUUGUCCUUUCCCCGCAAAAGUUGUCCAAAAAAUAAUCCCAAAAUUUUUUGCAGCAAAUGUUUAUUUAAAAAAAUCAUAAAAGAGAAUAAAGAAAAAGUAUUCAAAAAAAUUCUAUGUUUUUUAUUUAACAUUUUUAGAAUAAACAUAUUUUUCAUGAGAUACAUAUGUAUGUUCGGACAUUAUUUGCUGGACAACUUAUAAGCACUAUAUGUAGUUUGUUAUAAAUUCUUACGUUUUUCUUUUUGCACCGUGCCUAAAACUUAAUAAAUUCUUAAUACAACGUGAUUAUUCAGGCAAAGUAAAAUACACAAUAUAAUUAAUCUCUGGAAAGUAUUAUAAUAAAAGUUGUUUAGUAUUAUUUGAAGUAGCGUUAGUUGAUCAAAGAAGUCCGCUUAUAACAACCAUGAUAUAUUUGUUGCACGUCGAUAAACAUCGUGAACAUUAUUUGUUUAUUUAUAAAUCCAAUAACAAUACAAUGCGCGUCGAAACGAUUAUCGACAAAUUAAUUCUUAUGUUGUCGUUAUGAAAUCGAUAAUAACGCAAUAUUUGUGUACUUGUUAUACUUGCAGACCGAACUGCCGUCCUCAACAUUAUCAUAGACAACCGUAUGGGAUAUUAAUACAAAAGAGUAUGUCUCCGCAGUCUAGAGAAAUUUUCCGAUAUAAACAAAUACACAUACAUAUAUUAUAUAUAUACAUAUAUAAUUAUAAUUAUAUGAUAUAAUAUGUAAAUACGUAUAUAGACAAUUAAUACUCGAUGAGUGUUUUCUUUUCUUGACAAUAAUAUUGUUUUUAAGAUCAAGUCGUUGUACGUGCAAGAAUAGAAAAAUUCAUUUCGUACUUGCGAAUUAUAUUUUUGAUGGAUACAACUACAAUUACAAUUAUAAUUCUAAUUACAAUUACAAUUAUAAUUCCAAUUAUGUCAUGCAUAUAAUAAGUUUAAAGAUACAACAAAAAUAAUAGUUAUAGCAAUAUUACAUACAUUCAAAACUUGCUAAGUUGUACUUUUUAAUGAAUUAAAGCUGUCGAAUAUAAAACAGAAUAAGUCCAUUUCUUUGUAUUACAUAAAUUAUUAUUAUUAUUCGUUUUUCUUUCAGUUAAGAGACCAAAAGAAUUAUAUCAAUCUGAUAAGAAUUAUAUCAUCUAUAAAAAAAAAAAAACAAUCUUAGUAGCAUUAGUAAGAUUAGAUUUGCGCAUUAGUAAGAUUAGAAGCGCUUUAUCUCGAGAUUCGAGUUAAUGGACUGCUGUUUUGCAUUUUGCGGCUUCGACACAUCUUGGCUCUAGUGCAUCUUGUACCUGCCACGACUGUAGAAAAGAAAAGAAAAUGAGAAAGAAAGAUGAAGGAUUUGCGCUACGGAAGUUCUCGAUCGCCAGAUCUCGCUGUGAAUAAAAAAAAAGAACAAUUGUAAAGAGAAAUAGACACGAUGUAUCGCAGUCAUUAUAACAACAUGCUUAAUAAAAAGUAAUGUGAACAUAA